AUGGCCUACGACCCUUCAGGCGGCUAUGCCGCUGCCGCCAGCAACAUCCCGGAUGCCUAUGACCCCUCGCUGCCUGUCUUCGACGUACAGCGAGUGCAGCUCCGCUUCGAUAUCUCGUCCGACUUCGUCGCUGCCCAAGUCGCCAACAACGUUCUGAUCCUCGCUCUCUCUACUGGCCGCAUCUUGCGAUUCGAUCUCGACAGCCCCGAGGACAUUGACGACAUCGACCUUCCCAAGAAGCCCUCCGAGAUUGGUGUUAUUCGUCGUCUGUUCCUGGACCCUUCGGCCUCUCAUCUUGUCAUCUCGACCGCUCAAGGCGAAAACUACUAUCUACACACCCAGUCUCGCACCCCUAAGCCAUUGGUCCGUCUAAAAGGCGUCCAGAUCGAAUCAAUCGCUUGGAACCCCUCACAACCCACUGCCUCGACCAGAGAGAUCUUGAUUGGUGCAUCCGAUGGCAACAUCUAUGAAACAUAUAUUGAGCCCAGCACAGAGUUCUACAGAAGAGAGGAAAAGUACCUGAAGAUGCUAUACAACGUACAUGAUGGUCCUGUUGUUGGUUUGUCCGUCGAUAUUGCCUCCGAUGCGCGUAGCGUUCUGGUAGCCACCCCUACACGAUUGUUGCUUUUUGUGGGCAAAGGCGGUCGUCAAGACAGUGGUUCCAUCUAUCCUAGGCUUCUUGAGCGUGAGACACCCGUGGUACAUCAUCUCAAGGAUGCAACUUCAGGUCCCUCGACCUUGGUCACUAUCUCUGAACCGGCAGAUGCGUCCUCGUCAGAGUCCGCGCAGGAGAACGUCUUUGCAUGGCUCAAUUCUCAGGGUGUUCUACAUGGAGACUUUGCUGCUCUGGUACAAAAUGCAGAAAAUAGUCCUUUCUCAUUAGCGAAAUUGCUACCAAGGUCGACCAUACCUCCCUCUCAGACCUCUGGAGGCCGCAACAAGCCAUCCAUGGAGCCCGUGUCCUCAAUCUCUUUGACACAAUUCCACAUUUUACAUUUGAUCGAAGGUCGCGUGGUGGCGAUAAACAGACUUGAUGGCAGCUUGGUGUAUGACCAGCUUGUUCUAGAGCCUGGAAAUGCGCCGCUUGGUCUUUAUGCCGACCACAAGAAAAACACAUAUUGGCUGUUCACUCAGCGUGAAAUUUUCGAAGUUGUUGUAACAGACGAGGCCAGAGAUGUGUGGAAGAUAAUGCUCCGAAAUGAGCAAUUUGAUGCGGCAUCACGCUACGCCAAGACUGCAGCGCAGAAGGACGCUGUUGCUACCGCAUCUGGAGACCAUUUGGUAUCCCGAGGUCGCUUUUCAGAAGCUGCGACUGUAUAUGGCAGGAGCACAAAACCGUUCGAAGAAGUCGCGCUUACUUUUAUUGAUCAAGGCGAACAAGAUGCUUUGAGAAAGUACCUCUUGACAAAACUCUCCGUCCUUAAAAGAUCCUCAACUAUGCAAAGGAUUAUGGUCGCUAGUUGGUUGGUCGAGCUCUUCAUGGCAAAACUGAACCUCCUGGACGACACUAUUUCGGCCAAAGCAGAACUCUCCGAAGCAGCUCCUAUCGCCCAUGUACAAGAAGACUUACCUUCGAUGCGCCGCGAAUUCCAAGAGUUUGUUUCCAAGUACAAAUCGGACCUGGACAGAAAGACCACUUAUGAGCUGAUCAGUAGCCAUGGACGAGAAGAGGAAUUGCUCUAUUUCGCAAACGUCAUUGACGAUUACAACUACGUCUUAUCAUAUUGGGUGCAGAGAGAACGAUGGCAAGAGGCUAUGUCGGUUCUGAANAAGCAGACAGAUCCAGAGAUCUUCUAUCAGUAUAGUAGUGUCCUCAUGACACAUGUUGCUGUUGAGCUUGUGGAAGUCAUGAUGCGACAAAACAACUUGGAGGCUAACAAAUUAAUUCCGGCUCUUCUGAACUACAACAAAACGGCGGACGUCCCAUUAAACCAGGUGAGCAACGAAGCAACUAGGCUCGAGAACUAUACUGACCAGAUCACAAGNAAUCAAGCCGUUCGCUAUCUCCAAUUUUGCAUCAACCAAAGACACUCGACGGAGACCGAUGUUCACAACACUUUGGUAUCCAUCUACGCUGCGCAUCCAACUCAAGACGAAACUGCCCUCUUUCAAUAUCUUCAAACACAGAGUGCCUCUCAUGAGCAAAAUUACGAUGCAGACUUCGCUCUUCGUAUCUGUAUUGCUCACCAGCGUGUUCAAUCGUGUGUGCACAUCUACUGCACCAUGAAUCAGUAUGCUCAAGCUGUAGACAUGGCACUCAAACACGACGAAAUGGAUUUGGCUGCGAAUGUCGCCGACCGCCCUGGAAAUGAUCCAGCUCUACGCAAGAAGUUGUGGCUGAAGGUUGCUAANAAGGUUAUCGGACAAAGCAAGGGCAUCAAAGCCGCCAUGGACUUCCUCAAGCGCUGCGAGUUAUUACGCAUCGAGGACUUGAUCCCCUUCUUCCCAGACUUUGUGGUCAUCGAUGACUUCAAAGAGGAGAUUUGCGCUGCUCUUGAAGAAUAUUCACGACAGAUCGAGGGAUUGAAGCGGGAAAUGGAUGAAAGUGCGAAUACGGCGCAACACAUCAAAGAGGAUAUCAAGUCCCUCGAUCAAAGAUAUGCUAUCGUCGAACCUGGCGAGAAGUGCUGGAGCUGUAGGCUCCCUCUUUUGAUGCGCCAAUUCUUUGUGUUCCCCUGCCAGCACUCUUUCCAUGCCGAUUGCCUUGGCAAGAUGGUGCUUCAGAGUGUCGGAAUGGGCAAAGGCAAGCGCAUCAAGGAGCUGCAAACCGAAGUAGGACGAGCUGUUGUCACCGGCAAGAAACGAGAACGCAUGGUCAAGGAGCUAGAUGCCCUAGUCGCAGGCGCUUGGUAA